AUGGAUGUAUUGCCGGAGCUGCAAAGUUUUGCAUUCCAUUCGGCAUUCGAUAUCGAAUGGAUAGAUCCCCUUGCAGAAGGAGGAGAACUCACCGAGGAUGUGGUCGACCGAAUUCUUUGUGGGGCAAAGGAUGACAACAGCUGGUUGAUAGUUAGUUUAUGUCUUUGUUCUAGUGAUCUAGCCAUAAAAACAUGCAGGAAAAAAGGGAUGAAAUAUUAA